CAAUGCAACCAAAAACGUAGGACUGACGCUUCUCUAAGAAUAAAGAUCAGAAGAAGUCAUGUCUGGGAGGAUGUUAAAGUUAAGCUAAACAAAUAUUUGGAGGAAGAUCAUGAACAAGGAAUCCAUGUUCAGUAUGUGAGUGAACCAGCAGUUGACACAGGAGGGCCUAAAAGAGAAUUGUUUUCCGUGCUUCACAAACAUAUGAAUGAUUCCAACUCCAUGUUUGCUGGAGAAAGCAACACAGUAAGUGUUUUUCUAGCAAUGUUAUUGUCCUAGAACAGCAGCACUACCUUCUGUAUGGUAGACUCUGUGCAAUGCCAAUCAUCCAAGGUGCAGCCAGUCCUAGUUUCUUUGCCUCUCCUAUUGUAGACUAUAUCCUUCAUGGCUGUGUGGAAAAGGUUACAAUUUCAGUUGAAGAUGUUCCAAAUGCAAAAGUUAGGAAAAAACGUGAGGAACUCCAAAGAACUUGAGAUCCAGAAGAUUUCAAACAACUGGCUUCAUUUAAUUGUUCCAUGCCCUUCAAGGCUGGUUACACAAAUGCUUAUGGUAUAUUUGCCUACAUUACACUUUGCUGUAUGGAGCAAUUCAUCAAUGGCUUGAAGUUGUAUGGUCUAUUAGAAGUUUAUUCCUGAAAAAGGGAGAGUGUUCCAAGUCUGUGAAGAGUCGCCUAACUGCUGAAACUGUGGAUGACUUGUUUGAAGUGCAGUUUUCCCAUGAAGGAGGUAAUAACCAUCAGCAAGAGGAAGUCAUUGCAUUCCAUUUCACCACGCUUACGGAACACAUUGAAAUUGGUGCAAUAAAGGGUCAGGUUUUUCACUUCAGCACUGAAAGUAGUACAGAAUCAACCCUUGUCGACUGCGAACUUGCUGCCAAUGACAAAAUAAGAUUAGUUAUGAAAAACACCAAAGGUUUCGGGGAUGUGUUUAAUAAUCUGAAUUAG